UGAUCUUCCGUUUGAACCACGACUGCCAUGCAAUCACUGGUCCUCUUAGUUCUUGUUCUCGGCGCUGUAGGUGCGGAUGAGACGGAAAACCGACACUCGAUGAUUGAUGGAUUGAUGGAAAAAACUUUUGACGUCCAGACUCCUAGCGAGAUGGUUAAAGUGUUCCGUGAUUAUAAGAUCGGCGACCUCAUAAAACCGUUACAAGGAAUGACUGACUCGGACAUUUCAAUUAUUACUAGAAUCACGAAACCAUGGGGCAUUGUGACAUAUGUUCAAGACCUAAAUCAGGCGGAUCGAAAAACACUUCUUUCACUUGACUUACCAACUAAAAAUGGUACUGUUCGUUCGGAUGAAGAGGAAUUACAAGAAAGCAAGAAAACCCUUAAAGUGCUUCGAGGCUUGGCUACCAAGGACCGUACAAUAAUUCUUGCAGCCUUUGAUCUCACAGAGUUCCUCAGAGUUCUUACCGUAGGAGGAGCCCAAGUCAGCAAGGGUGACCUACUAGGAAUAUUCAAAGGACUGUUAACAGUUUUUGGUGAAGACAACAAACAAGCCCGUCAAGGACUUGUCUUCCGACAGAUAAUAGAGAUGCGAGUUCGAAAGCCAAGGGCAUGAACGUGAAAUAGACAACAGCAGGAUUACAAAG